CAAAUACUGUCUCCAAAUGAUCGCGAUAUAGGAUAUUGAACAUACUGACCGGCCACCGCAAAUCUGGACGACGCAAUGGCAUCGCCGCCGCCGGUCGAGGACCAGGCGCGGCUGCUGGAGGAUGCCUUGGCCGUCGUUCGCCAGCAGACGAUUAUGAUGCGCCGCUGCUUGGAGACUCCCGGCAAGCUCAUGGACGCAUUGAAGUGCAGCUCUACACUUGUAUCAGAGCUACGCACGUCCAGCUUAGGCCCCAAGCAAUACUAUGAGCUGUACAUGUCCGUCUUCGAUGCGCUGCGACAUCUCUCCGUAUACCUUCGCGACUCUCAUCCAACGAAUCAUCUCGCCGACUUGUACGAAUUGGUGCAAUAUGCUGGAAAUAUUGUUCCUAGGCUGUACCUCAUGAUCACAGUGGGCACGGUCUAUAUGGGUAUUGAGGACGCGCCAGUGAAGGAGAUCAUGAAAGACAUGAUGGAGAUGAGUCGCGGUGUACAACAUCCGGUCAGAGGCCUGUUCUUGCGAUACUAUUUGAGCGGCCAAGCGCGAGAUCACUUGCCCCAAGGCAGCGGCGAUGGACCAGAAGGAAACCUACAGGACAGCAUCAGCUUUGUUUUGACCAAUUUCGUAGAGAUGAACAAGCUUUGGGUGCGAUUACAGCAUCAAGGACAUUCGCGUGAGCGAGAGCAGAGGACGAAGGAACGACAAGAGCUACAAUUGCUGGUGGGCAGUAAUCUUGUGCGCUUGAGCCAGCUCGUCGAUCUGGAAGCCUAUACGAGUGGGAUAUUGCAGCCGCUGCUGGAACAAGUCGUGCAAUGUCGAGACGUUCUGGCACAGGAAUAUUUGCUGGAAGUCAUCACUCAGGUCUUUCCGGAUGAAUUCCACCUCCACACCCUGGACCAGCUUCUUGCAGCAACAGCUCGGCUGAACCCGCAUGUCAAUGUCAAGGCGAUUGUGAUUGGACUCAUGGAUCGCCUGUCGGCAUAUGCGCAGCGAGAGUCGAAAGAGCAGACCCCGGAGGAACGCAAGAAGGUCGAGGAUGAAUCUGUGCUGGCGUUAUUCGAGAAGCUCAGGAUCUCUAAAGACCAGGCUGCAGAGCAAGCGGCUGCCAAGCCUACCGAGAAUGGCGAAGCUGCGCAUGAACACUCAACAGCAAGUCCCACAAGUCCGACAGAAUCAUCGAAGACCGAUUCACCGCCCGAAAGUACUGCCAAGGCAGAGGACUCUGAGCCCCAGACGAAUGGUGGAGAGAAGCACAAGGGUAUCCCAGCCAAUGUCAAGCUGUUCGAGAUCUUCUAUGAGCAAGUCGUCCAUCUAGUCGGCAUGCAGAGGCUACCGAUACAGGAUAUUACCGCGCUACUGGUUUCACUCGUGAAUAUGGCACUCAACAUCUAUCCGGAGAGAUUAGACUACGUCGACCAAGUGCUACACUACGGCGCAAAAGAGGUUUCGCGGUUUACAAACUCUGCCGAUUUGCAUUCGCAAGCAUCGCAAUCUGCCCUACUGGGUUUGCUCCAUGCGCCAACCAAGAUCACCACCGAGGCCAAUCUUGAUGGAGUUCUCUCCAUACUUUCAGUGCUCAUCAAAGAAGGCAUGCAGUCUCCUUCAGGCUACCCAGGUGGGCCAGUGAGAAGGAAUGCGGUCGAAACUGAAGAGACAGUCGAGGAGCAAGGCUGGCUUGCACGGAUAGUACACCUCAUCAAGGGCGAAGACAACGUUAGGCAAUUCAAGCUUCUCCAGAAGACACAAACAGCAUUUCAAGAAGGUAACGAGCGGACGAAGUACACCACACCCGCCAUCAUCACACAAGCUCUCAAACUGGCCCGAAGCUUCAAGCGAAGAGAGCAUCUAUCAAACGACGAUUAUGCUGUGCAAUCAUCGGCGCUUUACAAAUUCACCCAUACCACCCUAUCAUCACUUUACACUCGCGUUUCGGCACCUGGAGUGCCCGAUCUCGUGCUACGGCUUUUCGUAUCUUGUGGCCAAGUCGCCAGCCAGUGCGAGAACGAGGAUGUCGCGUACGAGUUCUUUGCACAAGCUUUCACAAUAUACGAAGAGUCGAUCUCGGAUUCCAGAUCACAAUUCCAGGCCAUCUGCAUCAUCGCAGGUGCGCUCUGCAGUUGCUCGGAAAGGUUCAGUCGGGAGAACUACGACACUCUCAUCACGAAAGCAGCGCUUCAUGGUAGCAAACUGCUCAAGAAGCCUGAUCAGUGCCGUGCUGUGUAUUUGGCAAGUCACCUUUGGUGGGCCGUGGAAAGCGCAGAGACGGAGCAGAAGCCUGAAGGCGGCAAAGAGGCAUACCGUGAUGGCAAGCGCGUGCUGGAAUGCUUACAACGUGCUCUUCGUGUCGCUGACGCCUGCAUGGACACGGCCGUCUCCGUCGAGCUUUUCGUCGAGAUCUUGAACCGAUACGUCUACUACUUCGACCAAGAGAACGACGCUGUCACAACUAAAUACUUGAACGGCUUGAUCGAGCUUAUACACUCCAACCUGAACACGAGUGAGAAUGCGAGUGGCCUGGAAAGUCCGAGAAAACACUUCCAGCGGACGCUGGAUUACAUCUCGAGUAGAGAAUACGAGGGCGUAGAGACGAGACCGAAGACCAAUUGAUGGAUGAUGCAGGAAUGCAAGACAGCAGGGACUCUUUUUGUGCGACAGUCAUACCAUUUUGUCUACUAGCGUAGCAUUCUACCUCCUCAGGCGUUUCCUGUAUAUAGAUAGGUCUCUUGAGAGAAUGGGACUGAGUCGUGUGUUAGCAG